UGUUAUCCCCUACAGUGCUCCAUCGCUGUAUCGGCACGCAGUGAAUAAUAUACACUUUUUUUAUUUUAAAAAAGGAAAAUGCUUUACAGUUUCACUUUGCGUAAUGGGCAUUAACGCCAGCAAAGUCCGCAAACAAAGCCACGUGAACGUGUCCCGGAGCUGAAACCACCAGACUAUAAGUGGGCACGACGGGUGAAGUUAGCACCAAAUAAAAAAAACCAUGGUGGCAAGUUGGUGGCGGGUGACAAACCAAACAGGAUAGUUGAAUUUGGCAUCGUUGGAGAAAGAUGAGUGGCUGCGGAGAGGGUCAUUUUUCACCUUUACGCCUCUACUUGAAGUGAGAGAAGUACAGCGUCAGGUUGGGUGUAAAGUUGAGAAGCUGAGCCGCAGGAGAAGGGGAGUCUCCGCCCGGGAGAGAGAUGAGAUGAGCAUGAAGCAUGACGUCUUGGUCCUUGUUGGCAUCUGACGACGGCCACUGUUCUACUUUGCCGCUGUAAGGAAGCGCAGCUCCUCUGUGCCUCGGCAGCAGUGACAGACGGACGGACGGACAGACUGCUCUGUGCCCUGCCCUCCUUUUCAUGGAUGCCAGGGUGGCCUUGUUGCAGUUAUGGACAGUCUUUGUCCUCCUGUCGGCAGCUCUGAAGUGGACUGAUUGUGCAAAGAUCUACACCAACACCUGGGCAGUCCAGAUCAAAGCCGGGCCGGAGGAAGCUGACCGCAUCGCCAGGAAACACGGCUUCAUCAACCAUGGCAAUGUUUUUGGAGAUUAUUAUCACUUCAGGCACCGCGCCGUGGAGAAGAGGUCCGUGUUUGGCCACCGGGGAAUGCACACCAGACUGCAUAAAGAACCACAGGUGCAGUGGGCAGAGCAGCAGGUGAUAAGAAAAAGGAAGAAAAGGGACAUGUACGAAGAGCCAUCGGAUCCUGAUUUCCCCAAGCAGUGGUAUCUGUCCAACCCAGCCCAUCAGGACCUGAAUACCAAAGCAGCAUGGGCUCAAGGCUACACAGGUAGAGGGGUGGUAGUGACUAUCCUGGAUGAUGGCAUUGAGAAAGACCAUCCUGAUCUCAUCAGCAAUUACGACCCUGAAGCCAGCUAUGACGUCAAUGACGGCGAUGCUGACCCCCAACCACGAUACACGCAGCGCAAUGAGAACAGACAUGGAACUCGCUGUGCAGGAGAAGUUGCAGCAGCAGCAAACAACGGGGUGUGCGGUGUCGGUGUGGCCUACAAUGCCAAGAUUGGAGGAGUGCGUAUGUUGGAUGGGGAGGUGACGGAUGUGGUGGAAGCCCAUUCCCUUAGCCUCAACCCACAGCACAUCCACAUCUACAGUGCCAGCUGGGGCCCAGAAGAUGAUGGCAAGUCUCUGGAUGGCCCUGCCAAGCUGGCCAAGGAGGCUUUUCUCCAGGGAAUCACCAAGGGUCGUGGCGGAUUAGGCUCCAUCUUUGUGUGGGCCUCGGGUAACGGUGGUCGGGAGCAGGACAGCUGUAACUGCGACGGCUACACCAACAGCAUCUACACUCUGUCCAUCAGCAGCACCACCCAGUCCGGCAACGUGCCCUGGUACAGCGAGCCGUGCUCCUCUACCCUCGCCACCACCUUCAGCUCUGGAAACCCAGGGGAGAAACAGAUUGUGACCACAGACCUGAGGCAGAAAUGCACUGACUCUCACACAGGGACGUCAGCUUCAGCCCCACUGGCUGCUGGAAUCAUCGCUCUGACUCUGGAGGCCAAUAUGAACCUGACCUGGAGGGAUAUGCAGCACCUGGUGGUGAGAACGUCCCGUCCCGGCCACCUCAGCGCUGUCGACUGGAAGACCAAUGGAGUGGGACGAAGGGUGAGUCAUUCGUAUGGUUACGGGCUGCUGGAUGCAGGUGCCAUGGUGGCCUUGGCACAGAACUGGACGUCGGUGGGGCCGCAGCACCAGUGUGUUCACACCAUGCUCACAGAUUCAAGAGAUAUUGGGAACAAGCUGGUUUUCAGCAAGAAUGUGGACGCCUGCUGGGGUCAACCAGAGUACGUCAGCUCCCUGGAGCAUGUCCAGGCUCGCCUCACUCUGUCGUACAACCAGAGAGGAAAACUGGCCAUUCAUCUCAUCAGCCCUCUGGGCACACGCUCCACCCUGCUGUCCCCCAGGCCUGAUGACUUCUCCUCAGAAGGGUUUAAUGACUGGGCCUUCAUGACAACUCACUCGUGGGAUGAGGAUCCUCAAGGGGAGUGGACCUUGGAAAUAGAGAAUGUUGCAGCAAACGGACGGGACUAUGGUGUGUUGAGUCAGUUCACCCUCAUCCUGUGGGGCACUGGACCCAGCGCAGUUAAUCCAUCAUCGUCCAACUUCCCUCGCCCGUCCAACAACAGCUGCAAGACCUUUGAUGCCCAGCAGAUCUGUAUAGAGUGCAGCCCGGGCUUCUCCCUCUUCCUCCAGGGGUGUGUGAAGCUGUGUCCCCCGGGUUUCACCUCCGGGCCGCAGCUCCUCAACCUGUCCCUGGAGAACUGGGUGGACCUAUCCUCCGUCCAGGCCUGCCUGCCCUGCAAUCCUGCCUGCCUCACCUGCUUCGGCACCGGGCCCACAGACUGCCUCUCCUGCCCCCCUCACAGCCACCUGGUCCUCACAUCCUGCCUGCACCAGAACCAGGUCCAGCGCAAAUCCCCUCCUGGCGGGGGACUCCGGGGUGAGGGAGCGCAGCCAGGAGGGGGGGGCGCAGCAGAAAACAACAGAGGGCAAGAUGUUGAGCUUCCCGGGCUCAGCAUACCUCCGUCCUCUCAGCUCCCUGCCCUCGUGGCUGUGCUCAGCUGUGCCUUCAUCCUGGCUGCCUUCGUGGGCGUCUUCCUCCUGCUGCAGGUGCGCUCAAGUGGAGCGUCCUGGGGCUGGAGGACCAAACUGCCCUCUGUGGAGUCGGGGACAAGGGGGAUCCGGGUGGGCUUUGGCUUCGGCCAGGGCCGGGAGAGGAAGGCACGGAUAUGCUACAAAGGGAUCCCCACUGUGUGGGGGGAUGAGGACAUGUUCGCCUACGAGUCUGAAUCAGACAGUGAGGAGGUGGAUUGUCACAGCGAGAGGACAGCUUUUAUCAAGACACAGAGCUCACUCUAGCACUCUCCCUGGUGUGUGUUUGAACACGGCAUCUCUCGGUGUGCUAUCUGAGCCGUGGCUCUGAUACUGUGACGCCUUGUCCUGGGUCUCAUCAGCACCAACUUAAAUCCUACACUAUGGAAGUGAUACAUGAAUGAGAACUACACAGGCUCAGUGCAGUCAUCUGGAAAAAAAAAAAAUCAUAGGCCUUACUAUCUUAUGAACAUCCCAUCCAGAUACAUUUGAGAAAAUCAAUCAUUAAACUUUAUUUUGUAUUAUUUAUUCAUUUGUAUUGGUUAAUUUAUCACAUUUGAUUAACACCUUGAGGUUGGAUGUAUUCAUUAUGUAUUUGCUUUGACACUGAAAUAAUUUUACAUAAUACAAUGCAAUACACGAUAGAGUAAAUCAUGUACUGCAGUUGGAAAUGGAAAUUUGAGAUUGAUUAUUCAGUUUGACAAUUCUUACAUAUCCGUUAAACCAGGAGAGUGCAUUAUUUUCCCAGAUGUGGUGCAGGCACACUUCUCAUAAGCCGUCAGUGUUCUGCAAAAAUCUUGCAUCUACAAAAAGCCAGCCAGCUGAGAUUAGAUGGUUGAUUAUUUUAUAUCACAUUGAAUCUCAUGUAUCUAUUUUAUUUCCAUUUGACAGUACAUUUUCAGUGGUUUGGCCCAAGGGUCAUGCAAUUGACAUGCAGAGGAAACUGCUAGCUGUUAAUUAACAAUGUGAAGAAAAAAAGAAUUAAAAAUGAGAUUCAUAGUUGCUGCAGAAUGCUUAGGGUCAGCAUAAUAAUACAGUGUAGAGGUUUGAUAAGGACUGAGUGGAGGAUUCUCUGUUUUCAAUCAAGGCACGAUGGGAAUUUGCCACUGCAGCAUAUAGGCAUAUGAGACGCAUCAGUCAUUUAAUCCCAUUGAUUUGUGCAGGAAUAACAGCCUGCAGAGGAGUGUACUGUUUAUGAAGGAGAGAAAAACUACACUUAACCCACAGCUGCUUGUCUGACCUUUUCAACAUUUUUCUACUCGGUUGCCACUGGAAAGAAAAUAAGAUCAUUUUGUCUUCAUUUUCCCGACAGAGCCUUUAUUGAUUUGUGUGUGUGGGGGGGGCUUCUUUCUCGGAAUGUCUUCAUCAGGGUAAAGCGCUUUCCCUUUUUUAUUGCAAGCACCAUACGUUUUGAAAGAAAAAUGUAUGUCAUGUUCUCAUCAAGGACUAUGAAAACUUGUGGCACACACAAGUUGAAUCAAAGCCUUUGGAUCUAAAGGCCAGAGUGAUGAAAAAAAAUGAUGAGUGAGUGAGUGAGAAGAUACUAUAUUGCAUUUUCUAUGUUUCUUUUAUAUCCUUUUUUAUUUAACUGACAAUGGAUGUUAAUAUUGUGGAGAUCAAUUUCAUGCUGGAAUAAAAUGACUUUGGGUGUCA